AUGGAAAAAUCAGUGUUAGUUGCUGUCACUAACGAAAAGGUUUGCAACUAUUUACCUCAUGAUAUAGUGCUCUUCAUUUUGUCAAAACUUCCCUUAAAAUCAUUGAAGAGAUUUCAAUGCGUAUGCAAACUAUGGUCUCUCUUAUUUGGAAAUCCUCGUUUUAUGAAAAUGUACACCGACAAUAUCAUCCAUGGUAAUCAUCCUUAUUAUGAUGAUACAUUUCUUGUCCUGCACAAAUUGCUUCCUAGGACAUAUGAAUACAGUAAUCAUUGCGACUUUUAUUGGCUCUCUGGUGACAAGUUUGAGAAUCGGGUUAAAGUAGAUUGGCCGCAUCCAUUUCAAGAGGAUGAUACAGAUAUUUAUAUUGUGGGUUCUAGUGUUGAUGGUAUUCUUUGUCUCAAACAAGGAUUUACAUGUACCCGUCAAGUUGUAUUGUGGAACCCAACUACUCGUGAAUCUAAGGUCAUCCCUACUAGCCCUGUUGAAAACAUACCACCUGAUCGGACCCCUUGGUUAUUUCUUCACGGGUUUGGGUAUGAUCAUGUUAGUGGUGAUUAUAAAGUUAUUCAAAUGAUAGAUUUUUUUGCCGAAAAUAGUGUAGAAGACGAAGGUGAUUUGAUAUGGGAAGAUAAAUCCUACGACCCCUUGUGGGAAGUAUAUAGUCUCAAAAAUAACUCUUGGAAGAAACUUGAUUUUGAUAUGCGUAAUUGUUAUUUCUAUUCAUCAUUGGGAGGUAUGGGAGUGUACAUGGAUGGUUUUUUUCAUUGGUGGGCAAAAAGUGAAUCAAAAAAUAUUGAAGAAUGUUUGCUUUCAUUUGACUUUAGCAACGAGGUGUUGCUUACAACACCCAAGCCCUCAAACAUGGAUGGUAGUUUUGACUCUCGAUUCGUGGUGAGGCACCUAACUCUGUUAAAUGAAUCUAUUACUUUGAUCUCAACUUAUUUAAAGAAUAUGAGUACUUUUCGCAUAUCAAUUUUGGGUAAACUUGGUGCGAGAGAAUCUUGGAUCAAUCUCUUUAUUGUUGGACCCUUACCUUUUGUUAACUUCCCCAUUGGAGUUGGGAAUAAGAACAAUAUAGUCUUCUUCAGCAAAGGUGAUAAAGAACUAGUCUGGGUUGAUUUAAGGACUCAAAUGAUUGAGAAGCUUGGUGUUAAAGGAGACAAAUUUGAUUGUCACAUAGGAAAGUACAAGAAAAGCUUUCUUCCGAUCAAAGGAUGA